AUGGCGGAAGCAAGAGCGCAGCAACUUCGCAGCCUCCAUCAACCCGGCAGGCCUGUUGUGUUUGCAAAUGUCUAUGAUGUACCAACAGCGGAAAUGGUGGCCACACACCCAGCGACGGAGGCCGUCGCUACUGCAAGCUUCGCUAUUUCUGCGGUCAACGGAUGCGACGAUGAUGAGCUUGACUUAGACACAAAUCUUGCCGCCUUACGACGCAUCAUCCCAGUCGCUUUGAAAAAUGAAAAGCCCAUCACAGUCGACCUGCAAGAUGGUUACGGUGAUCAGCUGGAAUAUGCUGUCAAAAGUAUCAUUGCACUCGGAGCGUCCGGGUGCAACAUUGAAGAUCGUGACAACAGCACAGGGCGUAUGAUCCCUCUAGAUGAAGCAGUGAACCGUAUUCGCCGAGCAAUCUAUGCUGCAAAGGAGGCAGGUGUUCCAAGCUUUGUGGUGAAUGCGCGCACGGAUGCUGUCUUCAAGGACAACGAUGUCAAUGAUGCAAUUGUGCGUGGACAAGCGUAUCUGGAUGCCGGGGCUACGACGGUUUUCGUUUGGGGUGGACUCAAGCGAGGUUUGGCCGCUCAGGAAGUUAGUCAACUGUGCCAUGCGUUCAAAGGUCGACUGAAUGUAAUCGCACGCCUCGAUUCUGACGGGUUGUCGGUUCGUGAGCUCGCUGAAAUUGGUGUGGCAAGGAUCAGUAUUGGGCCAGCUUUAUGGAGGCAUGCAAUGGACUCUUUACGACAAAAGGCUGAGUCAUAUCUGAACCAGGGAGUCGAGAUGCGGAGAUAA